CUGGCGAAAAUUGAAUUUAUCGAUAAAUGUCCGAUAGUUGAAUAAUAAAACAAUAUUAUUGUUAGAAUAAUGCGUGCGGUGGUCUCCUGAUCGGAAGAAGUCGGCAAAGAGUUCUAAGAAAUCAGUUUAAUGGCAUAAUAAGUGAAACUAACUAAAGCAACGAGUUCCUUCGGCUGCGGCUGCUGCUGCUGUUGCUUGGGCGCACUUCUGGGCAACGCAUUGUCGCCGCCGACCGCAAAGCUGGGCAAAAUUAUGAACUUGUGUUCCUCGGGCGCAACGGCAUCGACCACAUCGUUAUCGUCCACGGGCCAGGCGGAGAGGAGCGGCGGAGUUCCGGGCGGAGGAGCCGAAGGCGGCGGAGGAGGAGGAGGCGGUGGCAGCGGAAACGGCGGCGGCGGCAAGUCCAGCGAGGGAUCCUCCGAGGCCCCAACACUCUGCUUUGCCGGAGGAUCGGGCACAGCAGGUGCUAUUUCCGGCGCGGAGGAGCUGAACAGCGCCACCAGUCCGGCAAACGGAGCAGGAGGAGCUAGUGGACACCAGCCGACUGGCAGCAACGGACACAGCCAGCCACACAACGAAAACAACGCAAUCAUGCCGCCCGAAACGCGUCCCAAGAUGGUGACCGUCAAGCAUCCGGAGUCGAAUAAGCCGAAGCCCACCACCAAGAAGAGCAAGCCUAUCCAGGCGGACCAGGAUGUCAUCAAGGCGCUGCAGCGAUGCCGGGAUGAAGGCAUCAAGCGCUUGGACCUGAGUAAAUCCUCGAUCACGGUGAUUCCCAGCACGGUGAAGGAGUGCGUGCACCUGACGGAACUUUACCUGUACAGCAACAAGAUCGGUCAGCUUCCGCCGGAGAUCGGGUGUCUGGUGAGCCUGCGGAAUCUGGCUCUGAACGAGAACUCGCUGACCUCACUGCCGGAGUCCCUGCAGAACUGCAGCCAGCUAAAGGUGCUGGAUCUGCGGCACAACAAGCUGGCGGAGAUCCCGCCGGUGAUCUACCGGCUGCGCAGCUUGACCACACUCUACCUGCGCUUCAAUCGAAUCACCACCGUGGCGGAUGAUCUCCGCCAGCUGGUCAACCUGACCAUGUUGAGUCUGCGGGAGAACAAGAUCCGGGAGCUGGGCAGCGCCAUUGGUGCGCUGGUGAACCUCACCACGUUGGACGUGUCGCACAAUCACCUGGAGCACCUGCCCGAAAGCAUUGGCAACUGCGUGAACCUCAGCGCUUUGGACCUGCAGCACAACGAACUGCUGGACAUUCCCGACAGUAUUGGGAAUCUAAAGUCCCUGGUGCGCUUGGGCAUGCGCUACAAUCGAUUGAGUAGCGUGCCGGCCACCUUGAAGAACUGCAAGAGCAUGGACGAGUUCAAUGUGGAGGGCAAUGGCAUUACCCAGCUGCCAGACGGAAUGCUGGCCAGCUUGAGCGGACUAACUACGAUUACUCUCUCGAGGAAUCAGUUCACUAGCUAUCCAACCGGCGGACCAGCGCAGUUCACGAACGUCUACAGCAUCAAUCUGGAGCACAAUCGGAUCGAUAAGAUUCCCUAUGGAAUUUUCUCGCGGGCCAAGGGUCUCACAAAGCUGAACAUGAAGGAGAACAUGCUGACCGCUUUGCCACUGGACAUUGGAACUUGGGUGAACAUGGUGGAGCUGAAUCUGGCCACAAAUGCGUUGCAGAAGCUGCCCGACGAUAUCAUGAACCUGCAAAACCUAGAGAUUCUUAUCCUGUCCAACAAUAUGCUCAAGAAGAUUCCGAAUACGAUUGGCAAUCUGCGGCGGUUGAGGAUACUCGACUUGGAGGAGAAUCGCAUCGAGGUGCUGCCCCACGAGAUUGGUCUGCUGCACGAGCUGCAGAGAUUGAUCCUGCAGACCAAUCAAAUCACCAUGCUGCCGCGCAGCAUCGGCCACCUGGGCAACCUGACUCACCUGUCUGUUAGCGAGAACAACCUGCAGUUCCUGCCCGAGGAGAUUGGUUCGCUGGAGAGCCUGGAGAAUCUGUACAUCAACCAGAAUCCCGGUUUGGAAAAGCUGCCGUUUGAGCUGGCUCUGUGCCAAAACCUCAAGUAUUUGAACAUUGACAAGUGCCCGCUGAGCACGAUUCCGCCGGAGAUCCAGGCGGGCGGACCGUCGCUAGUGUUGCAGUGGCUGAAAAUGCACUCGCCGUACCGCCAGAUGUGAGAUGUGGACGGCGUUUGGCGCACCGUCUACGUGGGCAGCGACUGCUACUACCAGUAUGAGCUGCAGACGGUGAGCCAGGCGCCCGGUGGAGGUGGAAAUGGAAAUGGUGGUGGUGCAGGUGGAGGAGCGGCAGCAGCAGGUGGAACCGCUUCCAGGAGCAGCGACCGUCGCUAACGGUGCGAUCUCAGCUAACGGGCGAGAUCCUGUCCCCAUCCCUAAUCCCAAUUAUUGAGGGAUGAAACCACGAUAGUUAGGUGUUUUCCUGUCGAUUUGUUCAAGGGAAACUUUAUGGAUAAAGGCUAUAUUUAUUUAACUUUUAAAUAUAUUCAAUUGUUUGACAAAGCCCACAUCCAAAUAUGAUUGAUUUUGAAAUCGUUUCUGUAACUGAUUCGGAUUUUGUUAACCUUCUACUGUGGUUUGAUCCCUUAACCCGACUGGAGUGCGUUGGCUGACAAAACGAUAGCUUUACCACGUUAUACCAAUGUCCCGCGUAUUGUAAACUGCCCCGAUUUGCUUUUCUUUCUGUGUUCAAGUCCAGUUCAGUGUCCACACUUUAGGUUCUAAUUUAAAUCAUGCUUCCAAGCUAGUCAAAAAUGUAACACGCGAAACGAAACGAAAGUGAAUUGAAAGCUUUAAACCUUCUGUUCGAUUUUUGGUCACGGAGAAAGCUAAAUCUAACGUUCAAAACUACACAAAAAAUACGCAAGCGCCAAGGAAUUGUUUGAAAAAAAUAUUAAAACUAAAAACAAAAAAUGGUUAAGAAAUUAUUAAUCUGUAUACACAUAAAUCGUAGUCGUAUUUAGUAUAAGCAAGCGCAGAAAUCCAAGCAACAAGUAUUAAACUGUGUGUAAUUUGUUGAAUUGUGAAGAUUGCAAAAGUUUUUUUUUGUGGCUCCCCCAGGUAAGCUUACAUUUUUCACAUGCAUACGGUGCUAAAUGUAAGUCUGCGGACUAUAAAGAUCGGCCUGACUGGGGCGAAGCUAAUGCAAAAUUUUGUAUGUUAGUCUAAGCAUAAAAUAACCACGUAAAGUACUACAGCCACUUGCACGUUUGGCAUUAUGGCAUUAAAUUAGCGAAAUAUAAUGUUGUAUACUUCAUCAUUUUAAUGUUGGUGUGUCUGUAAUUGAUUUGUAUGAAUAUUAUAGAUGAUUUAAAUGCAUUUAGUUAUCAUAACCAUAAUCAACGAUAUUUGUAUGGCAAGUAAAAAGAGUUAAACGUAAUUGAAUAUUGUAAAAUGCCACAUAACUGAUAAGCAUAAAAGAUAUCUAGAGAUAACAUGGACUCAGAGUUGCUGUUCUUCUAGCGAAGUUGGAUAAUACGAUAUAAAAGAUUGGGAAAAAGUGUUUUGACAUAAUAAAAAACAUAUUAAAUUAAAAAUCUUAAUUUUCCUUAUUAAUUGUAAUUAUUUGUUAAAGAGUAUAUCCGAUUUACACAAGUAUAUUUACCUUGUUUUAUUGUCAAAACACUUUUGUUCAACCAAUUAUGCUCCGAUCUGCCAUUAUGGUACUACUCCAUUGAAUCAGCUCAAAAAAAGUUACAAAAAUCAAUUUAUUUAUUUUUAUAUCGUAAGCUAAAUGUCUUGAAACACAAAGAAAGAAGGAAGAUACAAAUUUUGAGCUACUCUCCGCUGCAAUGCAACGCAAAUGGGCUUUAAAUUUUAAAACAAAUCUUUAACAAAAUCAAUAAAUCAACGAAACUAACUUUAAAUGGUUUACAUCCAUACAGACAUAUUUACACUAUACACUUACGAUCAACUUUUACACAACUAUUUUUUGAGAAAACACUCGAGAUCUAUGCGUACAUAUUUAUUUCAGGACUCCAUGAGAUAUGUACAUAUAUUUUUCAAACAAACUGUAUGCGGCAGGGUAAACUAAUCUGGCAAACGUAAUUUAAUUACAACAAAAAAAUGUCUAAUAAUAUAUAAAAAAAAAAGUAUAUUUCCAACGGUACAAAAAUAAAAACGUAAAUGUAACAGAAAUACAAAUAAAUGUUAAACUAAUAAUCGCACACUAGAAUAACGAAAACACGAAAACACGGUGGAUAUUCAGAACCAGGAGUUGGCGAAAUUUCGAGCCAUCGCAAAUAGAAACAAUAAAUGUUAAAUGAGGUCAAGUUAAAUGAAAGUGAAAUGUACAAGUUAUAUGGUAAACAAGAUCAAGUCAAAAUAUAAUGAUACUCCUAAAGAAAAAACAUAUUUAAGCAUACCUACAUAUUUGCGAAAUAAAAUGAAAGAAAAUGUUAAAAUA